CUAUUCCGUAGGCUCACCUUAAACACAUGUUUGGUUAAAUGGAAUGCCUUAUUACGGGCUUAUUCCAUUACGCGCUUGUGCAAUGAAUGUCUGAUUUCUAUUCUGUUUCUUCACCAGCGAUUACUUAUUCGGUGUUUAAGGAUACUUUCACGCUCCCCACUUUGCUCCCCAUUUCUUCGGCGAUUCUCUCUCACUCUGGGUCUCUUUCCGACGUUUUCCUGUCAUUCUUUUUUAGCUGCGGGAAUCCACAGGCAAAAAAAACACACGCUAUAGUAGGAAGAGAGUUUUCGGAGAGAGAAAUCCUAUGUUUUCUCUGCCGUUUCUGGUUUUUGUGAUUUUUGAAAUUCGCUGCUUCAGCGGAGACUCAUUUCAGGCAUUAUGGGGGAUGGGCAGCACCUAAUAUAUACUUCUUGGGGUAUGCUGUGGUUGUAAAGCUUGGCAAUAUCCGUAUUGGUGGACUUUCCGGAAUUUACUAUGCGGGACACCAUGAAAGGCCACCUUAUAAUGACAAUACUAUCAGGUCUGUGUAUCAUGUCCGGGAGUACGAUGUUCACAAGCUUAAGCACCUAGAGGAACUGUUUUCACAUGAUUCGCCACUCAGCAUCACUGAUUAUGGGAACUGGCAACAACUUGUUCGCUACAAAAAACAUUUCAAAGAUGAGAUCCAGCAAGGAACUCUUGGAAGCAAACCUGCUGCUCAGCUGCUCGAAAAACUCAAACCAACGUAUUGGUUUUGAGCUCACUUGCAUUGCAAAUUCACCGCUCUUGUUGAACAUGAAGAGGGUGGUCGAGUGACAAAAUUUAUUGCACUCGAUAAAUGCCUUCCAGGGCGCAAGUUCUUGCAGAUUGUUGAUAUUGAUCUCAUCUAGGACCUUAUGAGGUUCAGUACGAUGAAGAAUGGCUGGCAAUAACGCGGAAAUUGAACUGUGUCUUUCCUUUGACCUUCCGACGUGGAGACGUUGGGUGUGUGUAUAUAUGACAUUUUUGUUUUGACCAUGCCACUCAUCUCACUCUCUAUCUCUCUUGGGAGAACAAAGCUCGACAUGCAAGAUUGUCGUCAAUGGGUUAAGAGCAGGAUAGAAGACAGAGGAGCCAAACCUUGUGAAUUUUCUCAAACAGCUCCACCUCACAAACCCUCUGAUUCAGUUUCAAACACUAAUUUUUCUGGUUCUCCCGGUAAUCCUCAGACUGUAUCUUUCUUGGAAUUGCUAGAUCUUCUUUAUGUUUCUUCAUAAUGCAUCGGACUCCAGGGAUACUCCUACUUCAUUGCCUCAAAAGGGAAGCUGUAUGACUAAGUCCGAUACAAUCUCAAAGAAAUAGCUUUCCCUUCUUCAUUGCCUGAUCCUCCCCACAUCAAACAGCACCGCAAAUUGACUUGGCACGAGCUCUUCUUGGUCUUGAAGGAGGCCUCUAGGCUUUAUGCUGCAGGUUGGGUAAGGGAAAUUGGUCCUGAUCUUAGACCAAACGAUUAUAAGAAGGAUGAUGGGACUGAAGGUAAAUCCAAUGGAGAUAAGAGUAGUAGUACAGAGACAGAACUUUCGACCUUGGAGGAUAUUGGUGAGGAACUUUACUUUGUGGUUUCUUAUCUUGAAAUGUUCUGAUGUAUAAGUUGUCUGUAAUGAAUCAAGAAGUAUAUAGCAUGACUUGAAAAAUAUUUGGCAUAUUAUAUGAGCAAUAAACCGUUAGAUUCGUGCUUGACACAUCUUAUGGAAUUAUCACAUAUGUUCAAUUACUUGGGAGGUUAUUGUACAACCAAAAUAUCUUUGAACUGAAACUCUAAAUUAACUAAAACCAAAUCAAAAACCCAAAAUCAAAAUUAAAAGUGAAAUCCCAAACCAACUCUAAAACUUCAAACCGAAAACCUUAACUCAAACCCAAAUCAAAAAUCCAAACUUAAGGUUUUCAACAUAUAUAGGUAACUACAUUUAUGGCUUUUUAAAACUAUCUAUUGUUUCUCAUUCAAGUCCAACUUCAAAUUAUUUCUUUCGAACAAAAUGUGAUCUAUGCAAUGGUAAGUUUUUCUAGCCAAAUUGAGUUCUAUCUUAGCAGAAAAAAACUCUUGAAGUAACCUACAUGAACUAGAAAACUUAGAAAUUAUGAGCAAGUUAUGACGGGUUUAAAUGUUUUUAGCCUCAAAUCUUAAGCUUUUGAUUACAAUUUUUGAUAAACCAAAUUUCUAAAUUUAGAAUUAUAUUUCAACUUUAAAUUAAUAUUUAAAACUGCAAAAUAUUUGAACUAACAUGAAGUUUUAGGAGUAAUGAUGGAGACCAGCACAACAUUAAGGCCAGUGAAUAGUACCAGAAUUGACAUAGGACGUGUUCUAUAAUCUAUGAGGCAUCUGGAACAUUAUUACUCAAAUAUUAAAAUAAUUGAGACAAAUUUUAUAAUAAAUCGACCUUUAUGGGAUAAAAAAUUAGUUAAUUUAUAUUAAUUAAUUAAAAUUUCAUUUAUAAAAUUGGAAGCCCCGGCUUAUGUGGGAUUUAAUUCUAAUCUAUUCUAAAAUCAUUGAAGUAUAACCAUUUCCCAAGAAUAGAAAUCGCAGCUAGCAUUCCCUCCUUUGCCGCGGCGAAGAGAAAGGGAAAAAUAUUGCUUUUCUCUAUUUUUAGGAUAUUUUUGUUGUAUUCAAAGGCACCACUUUGGUUUCCUCUUCAUAACUCCCUUUCGACAUAGGUUGCCGCUGGUCUUGGUAAUGUCUGCACCAGGACCUCGAGGCGUCUUGAAAAUAGUCUCUUUUAAUUUUGCCAGGAGCCGAAAUCCGAAGCAAAGCAAAAAGUGCUAAACAUGGAUGCUGCUGGCAAUCGAAGUUUUAAGUUACUAUUAUUUUUAUUUGCUGCCAUAAUCCCAGCCCUGCAAGGUCACAUCGGAGAAUAUGAUGAAUAUUGGAAACAACGUGAAUUGGAAGCUAAAGAAAACACCGAGCAGGCAUAUAACCCCAAUCCUGAGGAAGUUACCCAGCAUGUCAACCACCUUGUUUCCAGGUCGCUGAUGGGGCUAAAUAGUACAAGACGACAUUUGAGAGCAAGAAAAAAAGGCGGUCCCUGCGAUCCAACCAACCCCAUUGACCAGUGCUGGCGCUGUGAUCGUAACUGGGAGAAAAACAGGCAGAGACUGGCUGAUUGCGCCAUUGGAUUCGCACGUGGUACUAUUGGUGGAAAGUACGGAAGAAUUUACGUAGUGACCGAUCCUUCAGAUGAUGAUUUGUUAAAUCCUAAACCUGGAACCCUACGUCAUGCUGUGAUCCAGAAGGAACCUCUUUGGAUCAUCUUUGCACGAGCUAUGAUCAUCAGGCUAAAAGAGGAGCUCAUUAUGUCGGGUAACAAAACAAUCGACGCUAGGGGAGCCAAUGUGCAUGUGGCUUAUGGGGCUGGUAUUACUAUCCAGUAUGUGAGGAACGUUAUUAUCCAUGGCCUCCAUAUUCAUCACAUUGUUCCGGGCAAUGGCGGCAUGAUCAGGGAUUCCGUAAACCACUAUGGGUUCAGGACAAAGAGCGAUGGUGAUGGGAUUUCUCUUUUUGGAGCAACGAACGUUUGGCUUGAUCACCUUUCAAUGUAUAAGUGUAGGGAUGGUCUCAUUGAUGCCAUUCAGGGGUCAACUGCCAUAACAAUCUCCAACUGCCAUUUCACUCAUCACGACCAGGUGAUGUUGUUUGGAGCAAAUGACAACCACAAAAUGGAUGAGAAGAUGCAGAUCACUCUUGUUUUCAACCACUUCGGUAAAGGAUUGGUACAAAGGAUGCCGAGGUGUCGAUGGGGGUUUAUCCAUGUGGUCAACAAUGACUAUACUCAUUGGCUCAUGUAUGCCAUUGGAGGUAGUAGCCACCCUACCGUCAUCAGCCAAGGCAACCGAUAUAUUGCUCGACGUCACGUGGCAUCUAAGGAGGUGACCAAGAGGGACUAUGCACCACCAGAAGUAUGGAAGACGUGGAAUUGGAGAUCAGAAGGGGACCUGCUGCUGAAUGGGGCUUUUUUCUCUCAAUCCGGUGAUCCAAAAGCCAGCUCGAAAUUCAAAGGCGACACUAAGGUUUCUGCUAAGCCUGCUUAUAAGGUGGACUUACUUACAAAAGAUUCUGGAACACUUAUAUGUAUCCGUGGCCGAGCUUGCUAACAAUCACCAAUGCACCCAAGGAAAAACAUGGUCAGGGAGUUUGUCGGAAUUAUUAUGAUAAGAAAGAAUCGCAGACAAAAAACAAUUGAAUUGCAACAAAAUUGUCUGCAAUAGUUUUAUAUAUUUCACGCACCCCGUUUUGAACAAUGAAACAUGAGUUCUUCUAACAAAGAAAAA